AUGCUCCCCUUACGAGGUCUAACAACCGUCUAUCGCAAUGGCUUGCGGUCAAAGGCGCGAUUGGGCAAUUUUGCCGCCCGUCGCGGUCUCCUGACCCUCGCCAUUGAAUCAUCAUGCGACGAUACCUCGGUCGCAAUAGUCUCGAAACAACCCUCCGGCGCCGCCAAAAUACAUUUCAUGGAAAACAUCACCACAGACUCCACAGCCUACCAAGGCAUCCACCCGAUCCGCGCGUUGGAAUCACACCAGGAGAACCUCGCGAAACUCGUCCAAAAGGCCCUCUCCCACCUCCCACCUGCUUCCGCCUCCGAAUCCCAACCUGAAAUCACAAUAGACAAGGUCGUUGCACUUUCUGAUGGCAUCCGGCAGAAACCAGACUUCAUCUCCGCCACCCGCGGGCCGGGAAUGCGGUCGAACCUUUUCACUGGGCUGGAUACGGCAAAGGGUCUCUCUGUCGCAUGGCAGAUUCCUUUCAUCGGCGUACAUCAUAUGCAGGCGCACCUUCUCACCCCCCGACUCAUCUACGCGACCGCUCUCCCCGAGGCACCGCAGUCUUCCUCCUUCGCCAUGAAACCCGAACACCCGUCCUUCCCCUUCGUUUCCAUCCUUGCCUCCGGCGGCCACACCCUCCUCGUCGCUUCCUCCUCCUUGACACGGCACACCGUCCUGGCGACAGCAACCGACACGGCCGUUGGCGAAUCCCUCGACAAGGCCGCGCGGCUUAUCCUCCCCUCUUCAUUCCUUGCGAGAGCAAAAACAACAAUGUACGGCAAACUCCUCGAGGAAUUCGCGUUCCCCAACGGAUCCGAAGACUACGCGGACUACACGGCGCCCGCGACUCGAGGUGAUGAGAUCGCGCGCGGAAAAGUAGUGACCGAGUCCGGGUGGAGCCUGACGAUCCCGUACUCACAAACCAGGGAACUAGCGUUCAGUUUCGCGUUCCUACCAACAGCCAUCAAGGACAUCCUGGCCGGAAAGGGCGAAUGGUGGGGCGACGAGACCGAAAUCACCGAGGACGAGCGCCGCCUCCUCGCGCGCGAGUCCAUGCGCGUGUGCUUCGAACACCUCGCAUCCCGAACAAUCAUCGCCCUCGAAAAAUUGUGCACCCCGGAACCCUUUAAUACACCAACCUACCCCAUGUCUCGAACCAGCCGCGCGAAACUGAAACCCAAGCCCGUCCCCGCGCACCUCCCCGUCAAGACCCUCGUCGUCUCUGGCGGCGUCGCCGCGAAUAGCUUUCUGAUGAAGGUGCUGCGGUCGUUCCUCGAUGCGCGCGGCUUCAACCAAGUCGAGAUUGUGGCGCCUCCGCCGGCCCUGUGCACGGAUAAUGCAGCGAUGAUUGGGUGGGCGGGGAUUGAGAUGUUCGAGGCCGGGUGGCGGAGUGAGCUUUCCAUUAGGGCGUUGAGGAAGUGGUCGCUUGGUUCGGGGCAAGCAGGAGGUGGCGAGGAUCAGGCGGGUGAGGAUCAGGCGGGUGAGGAUCAGGCGGGUGAGGAAGGGAGUGGGGGUGUUUUGGGGGUUGGUGGGUGGGUGAAUGUCAACACUUCAGGCUGA